UCAUUUUGAGAGAAGUCUGCCUAAGCCAUCCGUUGUCUUUUAAUGCAGUAACGGUAGUCUCCUGUAUAGGCAUACUACUACAGGAUAGAUGUUGUGAAAAAUUAAAGAUCGUUUGCAGUUUAACUCUUUUAUUGCCAGGGGGUUUUCCUCACCUGGGCUGGGUAUUAUCUGUGACCUACCUACUUUUUUCUGAUUCUACCUACCCUCAGACAAAUUAAAGAUUUUGAAUUCAAUUUUCAAUAUCAGCCACUUGUAUUACAUAUGAAAAUAAAAUGGGACAAUAAUAUUGUCAAUUAUGACCCAUAUCAACAUAUGUUACUAGAACUAAAAUGAUAAUUCGCCUUCAGCCACAGACAGAUUUCAGUUUAUAUUAUUACAAAAGUAGGACUGGUUUUAAAGCAGAAAGUGGAGAGCCAUGAAACAUCACUUGCGGUUUAGUGUUGGGAGCAACAUGGGCUGUGAUCAAGGAAUCAUGUCCUUGUUUCCAUUGGACUCCGCUGAAGACAAAAAAGUUUCUGAAGUGGGAGAAAAGAAACCACCUUCAACUCUUGCUGAGUUUUUAGCUGCUGAAGGACUGGAUGACUGGCCACUUCCAAUGACUCUUGAAGGACCCUUAGACAUUCAGUCAGAAGGAUUAUUCAUCGGAAAUCAAGAUGAUAUUGCUGAAAUUCUGAAGGAAGCUGCUCCACUUGGUUUACACAUGAUGGAUGAAAUGGAGGACAGACUGUCUGCUUUGGAGGAUAAGAUCAAUUUUUAUGCAGACCGAAUUGUAACAGAUGAUAAACGUCCGUCUCGCCUUGCGGAGAGGCUUUUCCACUCUCCAUCUCGAACUUUCAUCACUGAAGUGUCAGAAUCUGAUGCUGUUAAGUCUCACAGAAGCUCCAAAGGUCACAAAAGUGUUGAUCUUGUGGACACAAUGCUUGAAACAAGGAAAAGAAGCCUUGAUUACUACACAUUUCCUGGCUUUGUGCAUGGAGAGUUCAUUGAACUGCCUGCACAGUUGGAGGCUCCACCUAUACUGCAUCGCGUGACUACAGCCCAGGAUUUUAAUCCUGGCUUCAGAAAAUUUUGGAAGAAGUUGUUCCUCUCAGAAGCAUCAUCUGCAGUUAUGCAGGAUGCAUUUUGGUGGAUAUUCUUGGAUCAUUUUAAAAAACAAGAGGAUUUCCAAGAAGACAAAGAUUGUCUUUUUGAUCGCAUUUCUGACAGCUAUGUUGCACUGUUUACAAGCAUUAACACAGACGUGAAGGACAAAUUCCUGUCGGUCUACCCAGACUGCCUUGCUCAAGCCCUGUUUUGCACAUACAGAGAAUCCUUCCCUGAAUCUAAGUGGAGAUUCAGUGAAGAAUUCAAACAGUACCUUGUGAAUUUGGUCUAUGAAUGGGUAACAGGACUUCGACCUGUUCCCGGUGUCUGGAAAGCAUGGAAUGAAGAAGGGCUAGAAGGAAGUCAAACUAGCAGAGACAAUGAGACAGCAAAGAAAAUGUUAGAAGCAGCAGCACUGCACAAAAAAGUUGAGCUGAGUCUUGAUAUGGAUGGAUUUAGCAAAGUUCUCGAUAAACUUGGAACAGAAUCAUUCACUUCUCCACAAGGCAACAUUCUGAGAGAAGUCACAAAGUCUUCAAACCGCCUUCUGUCUAGGGGCAGAAGUCAGCUCAACAAGCAGGAGUCACAUCAAAUUGGUCCUGGCCCAGAUUAUGAAAGGGUGAAGUUCAACACAUCAGGACGAAGUCCUCUGAUCUCUCAUUAUUUGCAUAUGAGACAGCUCAGAAGCUACAAGCAACCAGGAAAGAAAGUGCGAAGAACAGAGAUUAUGAAGUUACCUCCAGAGGGACCAACAUACCAGCAGUUUAUUGCUUCUACUAUUAGCAAAGCGGACUCACUCAGCAGAGAAUAUUCAAGACUUUGUGAUCAGACAUCAGCUGAUAUUCUUGACCUGGAGAGGAAAAAGAGAGACACAAAUAAACAAAUCAACAGUCUCAAGAAAGCUUUGAGUGAAGCCAAGAGCCUUCAGGAAAGACGCACUCUCAUGGACAAAAUAAUAGAAUUUAAGGAGAGUGGUCAGAAAGAGAUGCCACUACUUGAGCAACAAUCCUCCAGAUCAGAAACAUCCACCGAAGAUUCAUAUGAUUAUGACGACUAGGCUUUGGCUAGAUGUAAUACCAAAAAAUGCCAUGUUUUUCUUUACAAAAUGUGUCACAGUGCGGUGGAAUCAGUCGCUCGUCAAUUUUUGGGCAUGUAUGGAGUUUUUGAUAUAAUCUUCUAGCUUGUUCAUUUGUAUUAUUGUGGCAUCAGUGGCCUAGUGGUUAGGCUACCGGACUCGUAAUCGUGAGGUU